CUCUCUCUCUCUUCUGUGCAAACAAGAGCGUGCUCAAAACGUCUAAAGCUUUAUAACGCCAACUCUUUUUGCCUACACAAUAAUUGUGCUCUCACCUCCAUAAACUUCAAAACUCCACCGGAGUAAAGAGCCGGAUCCGAGUUCUACUGGGUUGGUCUGAAAAGAUCUGAGGAGCAAAAAUUUCCACAGGUUUGUGCUUCAAGGUUUGGCUGCCGACAGAGUUCAAAGCUCAACAGCCAAACCACUGUUUGUGGGAAAGUCUCCACAAGUUCAAAGCUAAUUCCUGACAAGUACUCAAGUUUUCAGCUUGAUUGAUGUGGCUAGAAGACAUGCAUGUGUGCUUGCAUUUUUGUUGAGGAAGACAAUAUAUUGGAGCAAUUUUUCGAGUUGGAAUUCUUUUUAAUAAUUAAGGGGAAAAAAGUAGUGAUCUUGGUGAACUUUAGUGGAUGGAGAUGAGUGGCUUUAGGCAUGAAUCACAUGUAGCACAACAAAGUCGGCGAGAUAAGUUGAGAGUUAAUCAAACUUCAAGCCCACCUCACCAUCUUGACAAUUUAGCAAACAAUUCUGGGAAGUUGCCACUCCAUCCAGGACUAAACCCAGAUAUCGUGCAAGUUCGAAAUGUGAGGAAUGCGAAUUUGCUCUAUGAUCCAACUAUGUUUUCUUCUGAAAUGCUCGAUUUUUCAAUCAAUGCAAAUGCUCCGUUGUCAGCUCAACCCGCCGGCGGCGAGAGUCAGAAUUUUGGUAAUUGGAGAAGUACUCUUAAUCCACCUCAAAGCAUAGAUUGGGUGAAUAAUUACACAAGUGGAUAUCAGGAUGUAGUUCAGUCUAGUUUGGCCAACUCAUCUGCUGAUCAAAUUUCUAGUCAUCAUGUUGCCCAAAAGCACUUGGGAGGAGGAACAAUGCACUUUUCGUCCCCUUCGAUAAAAUUCGUUAACACUCUCCAAGAUGUUGUCACUUCAGCUUCUCAAGGGACGCAGCAGGAUCAGCUAGAAAUGGCUUCAAUUGUGCACCAAAGAAUCAUGGAAAAUGAACUUGUUCGCGUUCCAAGCUACGGGAAUCAAUCGAACACAUUGCGCUUCAAUAGUGCGAGUAAUUCUUGGAUGGAUCGGCAGCCUAUCGAGAAUCGCCAUAAUUGGAGUAGUGGUGGUGGCGGGGGACUAGAAUUUAGUACUGCAAACAGUGUUGAUGAAGAAAUGAGGACCGGUAUGAGUAGCGAUUCCAACCAACAAGGGCUGUCUCUAUCACUCUCAUCAAAUCCACCAUCUAAUAAACUGCCUGUGGCUCAAUUAAUUGGGUCUCAAGAUUUACAUGCGAGCACUGAUGAUGAUGAUGAUCAUCAUCAUCAAGCACUUAAGGAUCUUCAAAAUUCGAAAAUGGGGAAAUCUUCCGGUGGAUACUUGUGUUCCAUAACAAAGCCAUCUAUUAUUAGCAAAACUUGUGGAAAAUCACUUAAAGACAUUGUGGGGAAUUCUAGUACUAGCGCCUAUCGAAGCACUGGUCCUCUUGGUCCUUUCACUGGAUAUGCAACGAUUCUGAAGAGUUCGAAGUUCUUGAAACCGGCUCAACAGCUACUGGAUGAAUUCUGUUGGGUUAGUGAUUCAAAGAUACUAAAAACAUGUGAGGCAUCUGAAAGGAUGUCUGGAGAUGUGAGUGCUUCGGCCUCGGUUUCAAUUUCCAUUGAAGCUGGUAAUGCAACCGAAACUGAAGUAGUGGCCAAGAGGAACAACUCCGGUGCAUCUUCCUCUACGUUUUACGGUUCAACGGAAAUUAGCAGUGAUGGUGGAGCUGCAAGCAUAUCUUCUGAGUCCUUUUGGCCGGAGUAUCAACAAAAGAAAGCAAAGCUCCUAUAUAUGCAGGAGGAGGUUAGCAGAAGGUACAAGCAAUAUCAUCAACAAAUGCAAAUGGUGGUUGCUUCCUUCGAAUCAGUUUCCGGUCUGAGUUCCGCUACGCCGUACAUAUGCAUGGCCCUAAACGCAGUCUCAAGACACUUCAGGUGUCUUACAAAUUCCAUCAAGGACCAGCUCAAGCACACAAGGAAGGCUUUGGGAGAGGAAUAUAUGUCAUCCUCUGUAACUGCUGCUGGUACUGCUGAGUGCAGUAGUAAAGGUGAGAAAAAUUUCGCCAAGCUAAAGUAUAUGGGCCUAGGUUUCCAAAAGCAUAAUAAGUCUGGCGGUGGGUCCCUUGUGGGUUUCUCUGAACCCCAACAACACGUCUGGAGACCCCAGAGAGGCCUACCUGAACGUUCAGUAGCCAUUCUCAGAACUUGGCUCUUCGAGCAUUUUCUUCACCCGUAUCCUACUGACACAGAUAAGCACAUGUUAGCCACUCAAACGGGUCUAUCUCGAAACCAGGUGUCAAACUGGUUCAUAAACGCCCGAGUGCGCGUUUGGAAGCCCAUGGUUGAAGAAAUACACAUGCUCGAGACCAGAGGAGGCUCCUUCGAAGCAGGCCAAGAUCCUAUCAUUAAGGAUGGAAAUUCUGCAAAUGAAGGCACCAGCAGCAGGCCAAACAAUGAUCACCAACUAAGCAUGAAUGUGAUGCCCAAUAGACAAUUAGAGUGCUCAGUUGAUGCAGAGCAACGAAAUCAGGAGAUGAAGAGGUCUAGAUUGGAGUGCCAAGUUCCAUCAAACAUGGACGGAGGAUUAAUGGGUUUUGUCCAGGACCAGCGAGGAGGGUUUGAGGCUGGGGGACUUGGAGCCGUGUCCCUUACUUGGGUCUCAGACAUGGGGUGGAAAGUGCCCAGCAGCAGCAACAACUGCAGCAACAAGAGGAUCAGCUUCGGCGGCAACUUGGAGGUCAAAUGAUACGUGAUUAUGCGGGGUAAUUUACGACACGAAGGUUAAGCAAAAUAAGAACAAGGUGUAGCUCUGCUAGGCUCCCAUUUCGGUAGGCCGUGUUAGAAAACAAAUUAAAGAUUGCAAUGGAGUAUUAGGUUUAGGACGUGAGGUUUAAAUUGUGACAGAGCUAGUGAGAGGAGCUGGAUAGAAUUUGGAUGGAGCGACAGGCUUUUAAAGAACUGUUCAUAUUAAUGUGGCAGAAUGUUUCUUCACUAUUGAAAUUUGAAAUAUCGACAGGUUGUGAAAAAUACAUUGUGACAUGAACU